AUACUGCUGUUCAGAUGGCGUAAAAAUACUUUGUCGUUCUAGCUGCAUAAGAGUCUUCUCUAGUAAGUCAGGUAACGAACAUAUGUUGCAGACGGUGGAUGAUCAGUUGCAGGGUGUUAUAUUACAUUACAUGAUAUCUCAGUACUUGUAUCUGUACUGGAUUACGUCUACAGGAUUUAGCCUGUUGCCAAGUUCCAACAGUUUUCAUACAGUGCUUAGUAGUGCUACAGAACCACCGUGGUUAUUCCAGUGCCCUUUAAACAAGUGGUGAAAGUGAAUACGUGAACUAUUAACUAUCAUAGAUACAAGCUUUUGGCCAUUCUUGGCCCAGCAUAACCAUGAUGACAGAAACACACAUUAAUUCAAAUCAUGUGGCAGUUAUGCCAGGACUGAACAGUAUCAGCAGUCAAAAGGGUGGCGUUGAUAAAAUAGAUGACAUUGGGUGGAAAGCGAAGCUGAAAAUACCACCAAAAGACAGGAGGGUGCAGACAAGUGAUGUGACAGACACCAGAGGCAAUGAAUUUGAGGAGUUCUGUUUAAAACGUGAAUUGUUAAUGGGGAUAUUUGAAAAAGGCUGGGAGAAGCCGUCUCCCAUUCAGGAAGCCAGCAUUCCCAUUGCUUUAUCCGGGAAGGAUGUUCUAGCACGUGCCAAAAAUGGAACCGGCAAGACUGGUGCAUACUCCAUUCCCGUACUUGAACAAGUAGAUCCGAAGAAGGAUUGUAUUCAAGCACUUGUGAUUGUGCCAACACGAGAACUGGCACUUCAGACUAGUCAGAUCUGCAUAGAACUCGCGAAACAUAUGGACAUCAAAGUCAUGGUCACCACUGGUGGAACCAAUCUUAGAGAUGACAUUAUGAGGAUUUAUCAGAAAGUUCAAGUAAUUAUUGCUACACCCGGUCGAAUUUUAGACCUAAUGGACAAAAAUGUUGCAAUUAUGGACAGUUGCAGAAUACUAGUCCUGGAUGAGGCCGAUAAACUGCUAUCACAAGACUUCAAGGGCAUGUUGGACCAUGUCAUCUCCCGGUUACCCAAAGAAAGACAGAUACUACUGUUUUCAGCGACAUUUCCACUCACAGUAAAGCAGUUCAUGGAGAAACAUUUGCGGGAACCAUAUGAAAUCAACUUGAUGGAAGAGUUGACACUGAAAGGGGUGACACAGUAUUAUGCCUUUGUGCAAGAGCGGCAGAAAGUGCACUGUUUGAACACCCUCUUCUCUAAGUUACAAAUCAACCAAAGUAUAAUCUUCUGUAAUUCAACGCAGAGAGUAGAACUCCUUGCGAAGAAAAUUACAGAGUUGGGAUAUUGCUGUUAUUACAUCCAUGCCAAAAUGGCACAAGCUCAUCGUAACAGGGUGUUUCAUGACUUCCGUGCUGGAUUGUGCAGGAAUCUAGUGUGUUCAGAUUUGUUUACACGGGGUAUAGAUGUCCAAGCAGUAAAUGUAGUAAUCAACUUUGACUUUCCCAAAAUGGCGGAGACGUACCUUCAUCGUAUUGGUCGCUCUGGAAGAUUUGGUCAUCUUGGGAUUGCAAUCAAUUUGAUUACAUAUGAGGACCGCUUUGCCCUGCAUCGCAUCGAACAAGAACUUGGCACAGAGAUCAAGCCUAUUCCAAAAGUGAUUGAUCCUUCGCUAUAUGUUGCGAAACUUGAAGAUACUCAGGGAAUUGAGGAAGGAAAUGUAAGCAAAUAGAGACUCCUGUGAUAAUCACGUCGGAGAUGUAUCCUCUUAAUUUAUGAAACGUUUAAGUGACGAUAGUUUUCCUCCAUUUCUUUUUCAAGACAGUGUAUAUACCGUGUGUAAAUGUACACAACCGUACAUACAGUUUACCACCCAAGCCACGGAUUACAAAGUGAAAGAAAACUGAAGAUUCUUUGUUAAAAAUGCCAAGAAUUUUUGUUGAAAUUUUUCCGUGUUUGUGGAAGAUUUUCAGAGAAGAAAUAGAAGACUUUUGUUGUCUAGAUUUUUAUACAGUUUAUAUAGUGAGCGUUGCCAUCUUCACUCUGUGGCUUGAUUUGGUGGAAUUCCUAGACUGUUAUUUGCACAACUCCAGUAGUGGAUCAUUAUUUCAAUCCAUGCAUACAACAUUCUUAUAAAUGGUAGAGUUUGCUCAUACUGAUUCUAAAGUUAUCUAAGAUAACUGAUCUGUUGAAUAUAUGAUCCAUUGAUGGGGAGGUGAAGAGUGACUAGUUUAGUAAAUUUAUUUUUAUAAAUGCCAAGAUGGGUUGUGAAAGUUCCAUGGUACAUGAAUUUUAUUCUGAGGCACAGAAGAAUCUUUAAGUUUGUGGAAAUUGCUUCAACUGAUAUUCAGUCAUUAACACCAUGUAGUUGAACAUCUUUUGGAUCUCCCUGAAUAUUAGGAGUAGCACUUUCCCUUUACAAACCAUACUUGCUUUAUUCAGGCUUAGAUUUUUUAUUCACAUUAUGAAUUACAUGUGUAAUAGAAUUCAUUUAUCAAGGGCUUUCAUAUGACCCUUUCCAUGGAGAAGCUUUCAUAUGUCUGGAUAUUCAGUCCAUCAUAAAAUAAUUGCAUAACGUUAAGCGAUCAAAUGUUGCAGUGCAAGCAAUACUUUGUGUAUAUCAUAAUUACGUAAUCGAUAUUGAGGAUCUCUUACAAACUGUGUCGUGUAAAUAGAUUUGUACUUGAGUUCAAAACUGAAAUGAGCAAGGUGUUCACCACAACUUUGUAUAAGUUCAGAACUUGUAAAUAGUUCGGAGUGAUAUCGAAGUGAUUACGGUGUGGUAUUGUCGAAGAAUACAAGUGGCGUAAGGGACAGUUUUUUUUUCCGCCACAAUUAUAUUUAUAAGUUAAUUUCAUUAUGGAGGAAGAAAUGCUUCAAAACAGUGCGUUAACAAGUGAAAUAUGACAGUAGUAUGAAGUUAUUAAAAAUAUUGUGUGAUGGAGUAAGGGAGAUAACUUUUCACAAGGUAUGAAAGUAUUAUUUUUUGUUUGUUCUAAUUUUAUUGUGAAAUUGAGCCAGAAGAUUAGGAUUGAGUUUGCGCUUCAGUAGACUGCCAAAGCAAAGAUGGCGGUAUCUCCUGAAAAGAGUGAUGUGAUGUAUUACAGUUGUGCUGUUUAUCAGCGUGGGUAAAAGAUGUACCUGCUUUGAAGGAGAUCCAAAAUGUGAAGGUCAGUUAAGCAGCAGCUUCCUUUUGUGAAGUAAGCCUUCAGAGACCAGCCAGAAGAUAUAAAUCUAGUACUGGCUGUGAUACGCUGCGUUCCCUGUUCUUUGAUCAGGAAGUAUGCUAAGCAAAUGCAUCUCUUCAACUUUUGUCAUAAGUACUAACAUUUCUUCCAUGCAGAAACUACUCUUUCUUCUUUUUCUUUAUUCAGGGCAUUUGCUGUAGCAUAGGUUUUGAUGAAUUUCUAUAGGAAGUGCACAAUUAUAUUUGGCCAUCCAUUGAUAUUGAAUUGCUUACUCUGCAAAUUGCAUAGUACUAUCUUCAAUAACUUCUUCCAAAAUUAUAGUCAUAGUGGCAUAAACAUUGGUUCAGGGUGUGGCCCUCCUGAACUGAUUGUCAUUGAUCUAUAUUCUUUAAACACUUUUAUGAAUUCUUUAUUUUAUGACUUACAAUUUUUCAUACUAACACAGGGGCCACUGAGGUGGGAGUGGGGGGAGGGAACGGGGUCACAUUGAAAGAAAGUAAAUAUACAAAACCAUAAAAUAUAAACUUUUUUUGGUAUAGUAAAUUGAUACCCGUAUAUUUUUGGCAUCAAAACUUGAAAAUUGGCUUAAAAAAAUUCAGAAAAAAUGUGUGAGGGCACCAUAAAUUUCUUUUAUUGAUGGAGGCAGUUUCACAUGUUUUAAAUAAGCAUUUAGAUUGACAUAAUUAUGAAAAUGCUGCGUUCAUCUAGGCUUCUUUCAAUGAUUUGAGAGUUGCAGUGUGACCAAAUCAUGUAGCAACAUGAGAUUUAUAAUGAAACAGUCCUGCUUAUCUUACUACCAACUAAUGUAGCAGUAACUAAUAAGUUAAUAACUGUUCUCAAAUUGGGAAAUAUACCCUUGAGAUGCAGAAAUUAAUGAAAAUGAGGAAAACAUGAAGUGCCAGUCAGUUGUUGACCACAUUAUGCACACUUUUGGCCGUGCCAUGGUCAGUUCAAUUAAUUAUGGUGCAAAUUUUUCAACAGAUGCAAAGUUCCCAAUUUUUCCAAGUUAUAUGUGUUUCAGUUCAUAGCGAAUAUUUGUCUUUUACUUCAUUGAUCUUGAGUCAUUUACAGUAUUGCAGCUUUGUUUUAAAAGAUUUUUACAUUGUGUGAAUUCAGUUCUCAGAUUUGUUGAAUAAUUGUCAGGCUUAUUGAUAUGGGAAUUGGAAUUAUUUGAAAACUUCAGACACAUGUAAUGAGAGAUUUGGAUUUGAGAUGUUUCUAAACAAACUGCAAGCAAUAAUUUGAAACAUUUGGCAAGAAAAAAAUAAAUCAUGCUCUUCACAUGCA